AUGCCGAAGAAAACGACCAAAUUCGACCGCCAACCCUUUACUGAAGAAGACGUUCGUUUGGCUCGUCUUCAACCGACAAAUGUCCUUCGUUCCGCCCCCCUUCAUGGCGUCUUCAAGCAGCAGAACGUCGCCUAUGUGAACACUCUCUUGCGGUCGAAGGUCCUGCUCGACUCCGCCGCCGCCAAAAUCGAGAUUUGGGUCCGCCAGCGUCGCACCGCAGUCAACGGCGAUCAUGCCCAUGACAUGGUCAUCAUUGAUAAGAAGGCGACUCUUUCUCCAACCAAGUUCUCCGUGAGUAUCUUUGUUCGUGGUCGUGGCAGUCGAACCUCCUCUGCGAUCCAGGUUGUUGACACACUUGUCUUGUCAGGGUCCACAAUCGGUGAACAAGGAGAGGUUCCCUGCGACUUGUUUUGCACCGGUGGAGGAUGUGAGACCCAAGGAGAUGCUUGACUACGAGGGUCACGUGAGAGGUUGGCUACGCCGGUAG